AGUAUCACUGGAAAAUCACUUCUUGUUGGUUUCAUCCAAGAAAACAAGGCACAACUCAUUCUCAAUACAAUUGGUAUUGGGUAUGCUACGGUGAUUCCACAAGGUGCUAUUCAUUUCGUACAAAACUUAGAUUGUGCCAACUCUACACAACUCGAUGCCUACAACUAUGAAGAUCCUGGUCUAUUAACACUCGGCUUGAAUAUGUUUCGUUUUCCUGAUAGUCCAUUAUCUGCUGGUUUUGGUGAAACUGACGAUUAUAUUGAUAACUUAAGACAGGCAAUUCCUAAUUAUCCUUUGGAUGUAAACAUGGAUUGCAGAAAAAAAUGUGGAUUAUCUGCAAAUAAAUGGUAUAGAACAUGGAUACCAUGUGCAGGAAUUUGUAUUGGUCUGGUGAUCAUUGGUAUUGUUGGUGGGGUAAUCGUCCUCUCACUUAUUCCUACGUAUUUAUCUACAAAGAAUAUCACUGUUAAAAAUAAAUUAUCAGAUCCAAUUAUUAUUACAUAUAGAAGUGAUAUGAUCAAUGGUUAUACAUCAACAAUAACUGAUUUACAAGCAUUAUCAAAAUCUGUUGGUAAUGCAUUACAUCUCCCUGAGAUUACUAAUCUUGUUGCGCAAUUCUAUCCAACGAAUGGAAACUUCACUGGUAGAAAAAAAAGAGAUGUUCAAGGUGAUUUGAUGAAUAUUCAAUUCUCAUUAAAAUAUCCGAUAUAUUGUCCUACUGAUAAUUGUCAUAAGAAAGUUAUUGACGAAGCACUUGUACAUAUCCAUGUACUCUACACUACUUUUACUGUACCAAUCAGCUUUAAUGAUGGUCAGACUUUCAUGGUUCGAUUGAGUUUAUGUGCAGUUGGUUCUCUUUCAUUAGAACAAUGUUAUACACCACAAGAUCAAGUUUGUGAUGCCGCUGCAUGCAAUACUCCUCUGACAGGAUUGCAGAAUUCGAAUCGUUUCACUUCCUCCGACUAUGUCAGAAAUCUUCUCGACCCUACCUUUUGGGUAAAUACUCCUGGCGGUAAUGUUAGUUAUUUUAAUCUUAGCACAACACCCGCCUUAGCUGGUAUUGGUAUUGCUUUCUCAUUAGCUAUGUUAGAACCUUGUGGUAUCAUUCUACCUCAUAUACAUCCUCGAGGCUCCAAGGGCAUUUAUAGUAUCACUGGAAAAUCACUUCUUGUUGGUUUCAUCCAAGAAAACAAGGCACAACUCAUUCUCAAUACAAUUGGUAUUGG